AUGGCUGCAAUAAAACGAAUCCAAGUGGUCCUAGUCAUAAUGACUGUACUACUAAUGGAAGACAAUACAAUCACACCUCGGGGAGAACCAAAGGAGUGUUACGACUACAUCGACCUUACAGUGUCUUACUGGAGAAAUAAUAGUAACGAAACGAUCAUACCAAUACUUCCCGCUUCAAUAUGUAACGGAACCCUAGGGGGACAAAGAUGGUACAAUUAUAGCAAUUUAACUGGGAUUUUCGCAAUGGAUAAGGGCAUUCGUCUUGCUAAUUCAACAGAAUUUGGAAAGACAUUCUGCCCAAAUCUAACACUAGGUCAUUUGCGUGACGAAAGUAAGGCCAAGAAUAGUUCAAGAUUAGUCUGUUUCGCAGAGUAUGCUUCAGGCCCAUAUGCAGGAAAGAUUUUUUUCCAACGUUUACUAAAGGUGACAUAUUGCGGUUCAUUCUACGUCUAUCAAUUACCGCAGUUUGAAUGUAUAAAAAACACUAGCGUACCACAUACAACGAUAUCAGGUACAAAGAUACCAUCUACAAAGAAAUUAGGCGUACCACAUAUAUCGAUAUCAGGUACAAAUAUCCUAUCUACAAAGAAAUUAGGCACCGUACCACAUACAACGAUAUCAAGUACAACGAUACCAUCUGCCAAGACAUUAGGCAUAACAAAAGGUAAGUUCUUGGUAUAUGCAACUGCGCGAGAUCAGGAGUUGUUGUUGUUUCAAGUAUUUUCUUUGUUUUAAAAGAUUAUAUAAACUUACCCGUUUGCCGUUUAGAUCCUACUCCGACUCCAACUUUCACUUUUCCCCCAAUCGCAACCACCAUGAAAAGCAAUGAAGACGUAUUUGAGAAACUAAAAAAACAGGCAAGGGAAAAAUUGAGUUUAUUUAAAGCUCACAAUAUUUAA